UGGGACACGCGGAGAGCAGUUCAUCGACACGCUUAUAAAAACACAGACAUGAUGAAUAUAUAAAAUAUCAAGCAGAGACUCAUUUAACCUCCGGAAGAUGCUUUAAUUAACAUCGAAAUAUCACUAACACUCUCAGCAUGAGUGAAUAGUGUUCAUAGCUGCUUAUAAGCUUCGUUAUGAACUGUUUGUGUGCAGAGAACUGAACAUGUGUUAGAAACUGUUCACAUCUCAAAGAUGGACCUCCUCCCUCCAAACACUGAGCUCCGUCUGUCGGUGGCUCAGUGUUUCCGGACUCUCGCCGCUGCCUCCACAGAUGACACGGACAUCAUCGCCGCUCUGCAGACGCUGCACUCUCACCUGGAUGAAGGAGCAGAGAGCAGAAGCACAGCACAGUCAGAGUUCAGGAGAGCUCACUUCACUCGUACCCUUCAGUUCCUCGUCAGCAACAUCCAGGCCGACUGGUUUCACAGCCUCACAGCAGCCCAGCGCACAGAGCUAUGGGACGGUCUCUUCCUCAAAGGCCCCCCGGAGCAGACGCUGCUGGUGCUGAUGCAGGGGAUAGGAGAGCUGAGAGCCGGCACAAGUUUGAACCAUUUGGUCAGCAUCGCUGAGAGGUUCCUUCACAGGGGUCGACUCGCUGACCUGCUGUGGUCCUACUGUUUAGGAGGAGCAGGUCCAUCUGACUCCCACCAGCUCCGAGAGACUCUGCUGGGACGUAUUGUGGCACUGCCGGACCUCACCGCCAAUAAGCUGCAUCCAAACAACAAGCCCCUUUUCCUCCCUCAGCAGUACUACCCACUGCUGGCCACAGAGAUGCUCACUGCCCUGGAGCGGACCUGCCAAGCACUUAAAGACGGCACGGACUGCUCCUUGACUUUUGUGGCUCAGACACUUGGAAAAGUUUGUAUCCAGGGCCACAGUGGUCUGGUGCUGGCAGUGAUGGCUCCUCGUCUGUCUGUCUGCACGCGCUCAGACAUGGUGUGGCAGAGGGUUUGCUGGAAGCUGCUGGAGAAUGUCCCACAACUAUGCGUGGAGAGCGUGCUCACGGGACUAGUGCAGGCUGUCACUGGGCCCGAAGCCUUUGGCAGGAUCGUCGGGAAUCUCGUCCUAACAAAUAAAAAAGCCCAGUUUGUCAUCACUCAUAAGCUGCUGUUACUGCAGUACAAGUAUGAGACUCAAGUCCUGAGAAUUAUUCUGGGUUACCUCGCAGCAGACAGGGAGAGAAGGCCGCUGCUCAUCCAGGUAUUACGCUCCCUGUCCCAGACCUGGGCUAACCCCAGUGCAGUGAAGCACACACCUCUAGAGCAGCAGCUGUAUGUCAGCAAGGCCUUACUGCUGAGUGUGAGUCUGCUGAAAGACUCUGAGCUACAGGAGCUACGUUCAGACUUACUUCAGUGUAUGCUGGGCGGCAUGCAGAGCCACCUGGACAGCAGUGUGGUGCGUAUCAGGCGUAUGGGCAUGGUGGUGGGAGAGUGCCUGAGCUCUCGCAUGAAUAUCAGUGGAACCCAGCUCAAAUUUCAGUAUGAUCAAGAUGAAGAAACUCGAGAGCUGCUUUCUCUGAUGACUCCCAGUACUGCUGAUGAAGCAGAGCCUUUAAACAGAGUCGACUCUCCUCAAGAGACAAGUGAAACAACUCCAUCUCCUCAGAAGGAAUCAUCUCAAAAUAAGUCUGAACCUCAGCCAUCAAAAACUGACCAAGACUCUGACCUGGACAGCGAUGAUGAGCUCACUCCGUACGACAUGUCUGGCGAUCAGGAAAUCAGUAAAGCCUCCCCACCCCGUUACCUACGAGACUGUCUGGAAAUUUUAAUUUCCUCUGAGGAUCCAGAGCGCGUGGAGCUGAGUUUGAGAGUCUCCGAGGGUUUGGUGAGGAAAAAUGUCUUCGCAACCAGAGAGAUCAGUGUCCAGAUGACCAAAGUGCUUCUUCACAUGGAGGAUAAAUACAGCAUAAAUAGCUUCCUGAGUCUCAGACAGGCGACCAUGGUGGCUCUCACCGUCACUGACUGCAUCCCUGUGACUCAGUAUCUGACCACAGAGUUUUACUCCUUGAACUACAGUCUUCGCCAGCGGCUCGAUAUCUUGGAGGUCCUUGCUCUGGCAGCACAGGAGCUCUCUAAGCCAAUCACGGAAAAGAAAGAUCCAUGUAUGAGUAUUGCUGCAAGCACUGAUUUGACUCCGUACCCCGGUGACAACCCCGUUCACUGGCGUCAAGAAGUAGAGAAGCGGAUUCAAAGCAAGACAAGACGCCUCAGGAAGGGUGCCACACAACCUCCGGCUAAGGCCACCCCUAACCGUUACGCUCCCGUUGCUGGACACUUCUUUUUUCCUCUGCUCAGGAAUUAUGACAGACCUCAGGUGACCUUUGACCUGUUAGGAAGCGACCAUUUGGUACUGGGCAGGUUGAUCCACACCCUGGGACUCUUCAUGCAUCUGGCAGUCAAUGCACCGAUAGCUGCACAGAUGGGUCGUGCUUUACUGGACUUUGUGUGGGCGGUGCGCUACCAUGUUGACCAGAUCGUGAGACGAGGUGUCCUCUUCGCUGUUUGCUCUGUGUUUCUGAGCGUGAACAGUCAAAACCUGCUGGUGGACCUCAGUGAUCAGCUGUUUGAGACCAGAAUUUGGCUGGCAGAUGUGGCUGAAGGAGACCCUGAUGAAGACUGCCGGAGUCUGGCUGUACAGAGUCUGGUACUGCUGGAUAAGAGCCUGAAGAAGCAGCUACAAGAUCAACAAGCAUUGGGCUUGGAGUCAUGAUCACGGCAUCAACAAUAAACAAUGAAACACCUGAUGUGUCCUCCGCUUGGCCCUCACGGAGCCUGGAGACUUGGAGUAUUGAGGUCGAUGGAAAUGAUGUUCGGGAUAUUUGCUGGCAGAGGGGCUGGCAAAUUUUUUUGGGGCUGGGUUGGACAAUUUUUAUCAUCCUGCAACACAGCCACCAGAACAAGAGGGCACAUGUCUGUUUAUGAAUAUCUUUCUCCAUCAUACACACACGGAUUUCAGUAGACCAUAUUGUUUACACAAACAUAUUGUGUAUAAUUUAUGACCCAGAUAAAAUAUUGAUUAUACUGAGAAUAGGAUGCCAUUUUUGUCCACAAAUAAAAUGCAUGUUACGAGGAUA